AUGGAAUACAAGGAGAAUGACCUGUCAGUGGAGAUGUCCAGCUGCGGGGGUUGCUCCUGUUGCUCUCGGAAGGUCAAUUUCGUCGAGAGCGGACCUAAUCGCACAUGCUGCAUCCUUUUCAACGACCUGCUUCUGAAUUACACGGUGACUCCAGACCUGGCUCGGUGCUCCCCAGAGCACGUUCAUGUCCAAGGCACCACAACUACCACAACUGCAGCGCUUCGCACCUGCAUGCCGAAGUCGCCGACUUUGGAGGAGGCGCAUCUUGCGGGAAGUACGUUGGCCUCGCCAUUCUACCUGGGCAGCCAGGAGGAUGCUGAGACGCUGCAGGACUCCUUGGUGCUUUGGCAGCGCCUGCGGCACAAGGCCGAUGAUGUCUUGGCAGGGGCGAGCCUGUGGGCUGAAACGCCCAGCUGGGCAAAGGAACUUGGCAGCGAAGACAGCUUCCUGAGUUGUCCCUUCGGCGUGCAUGUGCUCGGGCUCAUGCAAUACGACGCAUUGGGCCCCGUGGCAGCCAAAAAGCUGGACUACGACCGCGCCCUAACUCUCGGCAUCGGGCUUUACAACAUGGUGACCUUCUUGAACUUUUUGCUCACUGGCUGGCCAUCCUUUGGCUUCAUUCAUCGGCUUUGUCUGAAACGCUUCGGAAUGGCCAAAGAGCAGAGCUGCUCAGCGACUGCCCCUGGCUUUCGACCGGCGGAAGUCGUGGCAUCGGCGCGUAAGCGGAUGGAGGAGAAUUUCGCCAACUCGUCCUUGAAAGUUGGCGCCGCCGAGGCAUUGUACGAGCUGGACAGGCAGCUGGAGGUAGUGAAGACCAUGUGGCUACAGCUUUGGCAAGCGGCGGACAAGUCGAUCGCUGUGUCUAGGUGGUUCGGAAUGGACCUCGAGCGUCCAUGCUGCCGCAUGUGGGAGGAACUGGCCUGGACACAGGAAUUUCUCCGCUCCAACUUCGAGCUGCCGUGUCGAAGUGCACAUCGUCGACUGGACGGUGCAACUUGCCCUGCCUGCCGCCUGAUGGCGCAAGCAUUCUGGUUCGAGGAUCGCAAGGUGGCGGAUCGAGCCUGGAAGGCCGCGCUGGAAUUGCCGAGCUUGGAGUCGGCUGCAGCAAAUGACCCUUCGGAGUCUGAGUGCGUGAAGUACUCCGAAGAGUCGGGUUCUUUUGCCAUCGCAACUGUUCUCACCUCGGAGGACCUUUUCCGAAGCAUCCACCAUCCUUUAGAGAAGCCUGGCCACUCCAGUGACGAUGAGGAAGAAGAUGCUGACGCCACGGCCGUCGUCCUAGUCUACGUCGACGCCUUGCGAACUUUGGCCCACUCCAUCAGGAGUUCUUCCCGCGGAUUGGGGGGGCGUUGCGAGAUGCCAGUGAGGCCCUUCUUGGUGGUACUUUCACUCCGUGCCGGGGAAUCCCUUCCAAGAGAGGCCGAGGAAGCUUUGCAGGCUCUCGAAGACGGGGGCCUCCUCAGACGUUUGUACCUGGAGCCGCCGCCAGCGCAUCUAUGGCCGAGGGCCUGGGGAAAGCUGCAGCUUUGCAGGCCGAGGGGCUAUGAGCUGGUCCUCUACUUGGAUGCCGACACGCUGGUGUUGGAUACCCUGGAGCCGCUCUUUCGGGCCUUUCAAGCUGCUGGUCCGAGCCUGAGCAUGGCGGCGGCGCUGACGAAGUCCAUGAUGGCCUUCAACGCUGGAGUGAUGCUUCUCAGGCCAUCUUUCAGCGUCUUCGAGGCCCUGCGUGCAUCCUUGGAGGAGCUGAAGCACUGGAAGGGCCUCUCUCGCUGGACCGGGAUGCCCUGGUGGAAGGAGCAGCCCGAGAAGAACGGCACAGAGUUUGGCUCCUACGGCGACCAAGAUCAUCUGAACGAGUGGGUCGCCACACACUUCACUUUUCAUGGGGAGCUGGUGGUGGAUGCCGAGGCACUCCGUGCCACCUCUGAUGCUGGUCCAUGCCAGUUGGUCGGUUCUGCAGCCUCCCGAUGUCCUUCAACUUCUGUGCCACGGCAAGUUGCCUGGUGCAGCUGGCACGUGGAGAUCACCAUCUCGCUCAACUGGCCUGGAGAUCCUUUGGUCGGGGAGCGGGGCCCUUCUUGGGCGUGA